CCGACUCCUCAGCAACCGGCCAGUCUCGGCCCAGCAUGGCGCGGGGCCUCGCACUCGUACUCUUCUUCACCGCAGCCUGUCUCCCCUCUCUCCUGCGAUGUGAGUCCCAGAAGCUCAUAGUGCUGUUGGUGGACGGCGUGAGAUGGGACUACCUGGACUACGACGGUUUUGGGGAGGAUGGAUUCCGUCGAAUCAUGCGUACUGGGGUACGCGCCGAGUACUUACAGCCAGACUUCCCGACAACCUCCUACCCCAACUACUACAGCAUCAUGACAGGCCUCCACUGUGAGAGUCACGGCAUGGUCGGCAACUACAUGUACGACAUCGUGAGGAACCAGUCAUUCCUUAUCGGUACAAACCCAGACCAGUACAACGCACACUGGUGGGAUGGUGGAGACCCUUUCUGGAUCACUGCCACGAGACAGGGCAAGAGGACGUACAUGUACUACUGGUGCGGGUGUGAGGUGGAGAUCCGGGGUCUGCGUCCCACUCAAUGCCAGAGGUACCCCAACAGGCCCCCUACCAUCAACGAUACCCGUGGCGCUAUCACAGACGCUCUGAAUAAGCUUGAGGAAGACAAGGCUGAUUUUGCAGGUAUUUAUUACGAGUUGGCAGACAAGUACGGACACCGCAGUGGGCCUUACAGCUCGUUAGUGAUGGGCUUUUUACGUGACCUUGAUGCUCAACUGGCCUUCCUAGUGGCCGACCUUGACCGACGUGGUCUGACUGACAAGGUCAAUAUCAUGAUUGCGUCCGAUCACGGCAUGACCGCCAUUUCUCCCACAAGGACAAUAGAUCUGACCAGGGAACUGAGUCCAGAUGACGUCCUCAUGACUAUGGACAGCGGGACCCCUGUCUUGAUAUGGCCUCGACCUGGGAGGCUGGAGCAGUUGUAUGAAAGGCUCGUUGGGAUCUCCGAGCACCUGAAAGUGUACAAGAAAGAAGACAUUCCAGAAAGAUGGUAUUUAAAAAAUGGCCGACUCACUCCACCUCUGCUGGCAGUGGCGGAUCUCGGGUGGACCAUUCUCAUUCCUAAAUAUCCCCAUUUCCCAGCCUCCUCUGCUACUAUGAAUCCCCUCCAGGGCACACAUGGAUACGACAACACUGAACCAGAUAUGAGAGGGAUAUUUAUAGCCACUGGACCAGCGUUCCGUAAGAACGAGGUAACUGUCCCCUUAAAGGUCACAGAUCUGUACCAGGUGAUGUGCAAAAUCGUUGACAUUACUCCGUCACCCCACAACGGCACAUGGGACAACGUCAGCGGCAUGCUGGCUGAGACAUCGUCAUCGGUGAAAUGUUUCAGCUCUCUUGUCGUCGUUCUGGUAGUUGUGCUCAAUGUGGUUCUAUUUUCCUAAUGUUUUUAUUAUUAGAUAUAUAUUUGUCGUCAUAUAUUUUGUAAUGCAUACAUGAGAGAAAAUGUCUAUUAUAUCUAUCUCUAUUUUCCAUGUAAAUAAAAACUGUUUAUAUGUAAAAUA